GCUUCCCAGCCCUCCCCCCUGUCUUGUAGGGGACUUUUAUACACACAGCUGCCCCACCCCAAAUUCCACAGGGGCUUUUAUACCACAUUGCCCUCAACUUACAGACACACUUUAACUACUGGCCCCCCUGUUCCUACACCUACCACCUCCUCAAGAAGCCUUCAAGAAGUUGCCUUCAGGAAGUUUCCUGGGCACCUACGGACACCGUAUUCCUACAGAGGGAGUUCCUCCAGAAGGCUGCUGGUACCUCCCAGCAGCUUCCUCGCCUAAAACCCUAAAACCCAGGGUUUGGGGGCUUCCCUUAGGGGUCUUCCCUCUCGGCACCACCCUCGGCGCCCCUCCAGGGCUGCCGCAGCACCUCCGCCCCGCCAGGGGACGCUGCCAGCCCCCCCCCGGGCCUCCCCUGCCCAGCUCCGCCGCCGCCGCCGCAGCCUCCCCGAUCCGGGCCUCCGCUGCGCCACCAUGAAGGCCAUCGUCCAGCGGGUGGCACAGGCCAGUGUCACAGUGGGUGGUGAGCAAAUAAGUUCAAUAGGACGAGGCCUCUGUGUGCUGCUGGGUAUUUCGUUGGAAGAUACACAAAGAGAACUGGAGCACAUGGUUCGAAAGAUCUUAAACUUGCGAGUGUUUGAAGAUGAAAGUGGGAAACACUGGUCCAAAAGUGUGAUGGAUAAACAGUACGAAGUGUUGUGUGUGAGCCAGUUUACUCUCCAGUGCAUCCUGAAAGGAAACAAACCCGACUACCACAUGGCAAUGCCCACAGAGCAGGCGGAGAGUUUUUAUAAUAACUUCCUAGAGCAGCUAAGAAAAGCCUACAAACCAGAGCUUAUUAAAGAUGGCAAGUUUGGUGCCUACAUGCAGGUACACAUCCAGAACGACGGUCCUGUAACAAUAGAGCUGGAGUCCCCGGCUGCAGCUGUCGACCCUAAACAGCUGACAAAACUUGAAAAGCAACAGCAAAGAAAAGAGAAGACCAGAACCAAGGUACCCUCUGAAUCAAGUAGAGAAAGAAAUGCCCCCCGUAACAAGGAUGACCCCAGCGCAAGCAGUGGAGCAGAAGGAGACGUGUCUUCGGAAAGAGAGCCUUAGCUCCUCCAAAGCAGGCCUCAGAGUUUCUCAUACAAAAGCUACACUGGAUUCUUGAGGAGAGACCUUACAGACAUUCACCUCAGCACCACUCUUCGAGGACUUUGGAUAGGAAUGGAAAAUGGAAAAACAGAACCAAGACAAUAGAAACCUAUAUCAUUCUGUAUCGAAACAACCAAAGCAAUGCUAUCAGAUUCAGUUGUUAAUGUGUAGUAUCAGUAGUAAAAGGACUUGUAACAUUUUUGUGUAUGUGUUUUCACAUGACUGCUGAAUAAAGGAUGACUGUAGGCAGAUUGUAGCAGAACAUUCACUGUCAGUACAUAAAUGCCAUUUCAAAAAUAAAUCAGGGUUUUUCCUUAAACUUACACUUGAAUUCUGAAAGUUAUCCAAGCAAGCUUGUACUUUGAUUCUCAUUCUCUGAUGUCAUGUGCUACCUGUUUCCAUGGCAGCCUGUAGGUCUGUGUGUAUUUUGGUAUAUUGUUCAGCUGCUCUGUAACACCAAGUUAGGCAGUCUAGUCUUUCUGCAUGGGUUAAGUUAUUAAAAGGAAAGAUCAGCCACUAGUUGUUUAUCAUGUGAAACACAUCUGUCUUGUAAACUUUUUUAAAACCAGAAAAGACUUUAUUAAACAAAUGAUGCUAGCUGA